UAUACGCAAAGUGGAGUGAAAAUUGUGCGGCGACGAAAAAUAAAAUAAAAUAAAAAUAAAAGCACAUUUAAAAGUGGAGUAUGGCGUCGCUAGAACCAACGCAAAAUAAAACAUGGGAUCUGUCACUGUACGAGUUGCAGCGCAAGCCGCAGGAAAUCAUCACAGACAACACAGAAAUUGCAGUUUCUCCGCGCAGUUUGCACAGCGAAUUAAUGUGUCCCAUUUGCCUCGAUAUGCUCAAGAAGACGAUGACGACCAAGGAGUGCCUGCAUCGAUUCUGCUCCGAUUGCAUUGUGACCGCUCUGCGCUCCGGCAACAAGGAGUGCCCCACAUGCCGCAAGAAACUCGUCUCAAAGCGUUCGCUGCGUGCCGAUCCCAAUUUUGAUCUGCUAAUCUCGAAAAUUUAUCCCAGCCGGGAGGAGUACGAGGCUCUCCAGGAGAAAGUGAUGGCUAAAUUCAAUCAGACGCAAUCGCAACAGGCACUCGUCAAUUCCAUCAACGAGGGCAUCAAGCUGCAAUCACAAAAUCGCCCACAACGUUUUCGCACCAACAAGGGUGGAAAUGGAGGAGGUGGUGGCGGGGGUGGUGCCAGCUCUGGUGGCAAUAAUAACACAGGGAGUGGUGCAGCCAGCACUCGUGCCGGCUCGAAUGCGGUGCAUGCCCACGAUACCGCCUCCAAUGACAGCAACAGCAAUACAAAUGGCACAGAAACUUCUGCUCCAACUGCGACUACAGCAGCAGCAGCGGGCACAGGAGCAAGUGCAGCAGCAGCAGCAGCGUCAGCAGGAGCAGGUGCAGGAACAGCAUCAACUGUGACUGCUAUACCAGGCGCUGGCACCUCGACGCCCGUGAGCAGCAGCUCCGGAACAAUGCCAGCGGCCACAUCGGCGGGCACAUCUGGCGCCAGCACUUCCUCGAGCCGGAUGCAGGUAGAUGAUGCCUCAAAUCCGCCAUCGGUGCGCAGCACUCCAUCCCCGGUUCCCUCGAAUUCGAGCAGCACGAAACCGAAGCGAGCCAUGUCAGUGAUGACCUCCGAACGUUCGGAGGAAUCCGAGUCGGAUUCACAGAUGGAUUGCCGCACCGAGGGUGACUCCAACAUCGAUACCGAGGGCGAGGGCAACGGUGAGCUGGGCAUCAAUGAUGAAAUUGAGCUCGUCUUCAAACCCCAUCCCACCGAGAUGUCUGCGGACAAUCAACUGAUUCGUGCCCUGAAGGACAAUUGCAUCAGGUACAUUAAGACGACAGCGAAUGCGACCGUGGAUCAUCUCAGCAAGUAUCUAGCGAUGCGUCUGACACUCGAUCUUGGCGAUGAUCUGCCGGAAGCCUGUCGCCUGCUCAACUUUUGCAUCUAUGUGGCGCCGCAGCCUCAGCAGUUGGUCAUCUUGAAUGGCAACCAGACGCUGCACCAGGUCAAUGAUCGAUUCUGGAAGGUCAACAAGCCGAUGGAAAUGUAUUAUUCGUGGAAGAAAACCUAAAGCAUAAAAAAACAUUUAUUUCCUCAAUCGAAAAUUAUAUAUAUAUAUAUAUAUAUAAGUCUGUAUAGUUUUAACAUUAAUGUGCUU